AUGGAAGUUGAAAUUACUACAUUAGAACAAAAUGAUAUUUGGACCAUUAUGGAUCUUCUUCCCGGCAAGAAAGCCAUACGAUCAAAAUGGGUCUACAAACUAAAACUACGAGCUAAUGGUACCAUUAAUCGUUACAAGGCCCGCCUAGUAGCCAAGGGGUACACACAAGUUGAGGGACAUGACUAUCAUGAUACCUAUGCACCUAUUGCUAAACAGGUUACUCUUAGGUGCAUACUUGCUCUUGGUGUCAUCAAAUGUUGGGAAUUACAUCCAUUAGAUGUCACCAAUGCCAUCUUACAUGGUGACUUGGCUAACAAGAUUUACAUGAACCUUUCCUCCAAGGAUUCUCAUGCAAGGUAA